GGUCAUUAGGGAGAAAGCCACUCUUCGAACAAAGACGAUUGUUAUCAUAUAUAACUUUCAGCAAUAGUAGUUUAGAUCAGAAUAAGAGCUGAGCGCAGGGAAGUCAUACAGCUUUGCUUUAUUAUUUUAAAAGUACAAUUUGCUUUAUGCCUUGUUUUUGUCAAAUGUGCAAUGUCUUCCGGAAGUAAUCGGCAGCUUUGCAACCUGAAUAAGCCAGCCUUCAGCAAAGAACAGGCCACCGAAUUGGUCAAAAGGGUAUUUGGAAUAAAAGUCUCUGAGAUCAAGCCGCUUCCUAGCUAUGACGAUCAAAACUUCCAUGUCCGUGUCGCUAAAUCAGAAGAGAUUGGAGAAGGAACCGAGGAGGAAUACGUCCUCAAAAUUAUUAAUUCUGAGGACAGUCAGAAUCCUGAGCUUAUUGAGGUGCAGACGAGGAUUAUGAUGUUUCUGAACAAAGAAGGCUUCCCUGUGGCUACUCCUCAUUUUACGAAAGAGGGUGAAAUCAUGUAUCUGGAAUCCGUAGAGACUGCUUCUGCCACCAAAGAAUACAUGGUGAGACUCUUGAGCUACCUGCCAGGCAAAACAGUGGCAACACUCCCAAUAGGCCCUCCUGUUCUGUAUGAGGUUGGCCAGCUGGCUGCUAGACUGGACAAAACACUUACCGAGAAAUUCCAGCAUCCAUUGAUAAAGAGACUACACCGAGGGGAAUUUAUCUGGAAUCUGGCAAAUGUCCCUCUUCUGAAACAGUAUGUUUAUGCACUGGGCCAAAGCAGCUACUUGGAAGUGGUGAAGCAAGUGAUUGAGCAAUUCAGUGUUAAAAUAGUGCCAAACCUAAGCUCUUUUCAACCCAUUGGACUGCAACUGCAACUGCCAUCUCUUAGCCACAGUAGCCAUUGGAGAAGGGGAUGUGAAUCGCAGUCCAACAACAUCUGGAUGGCCACACAUUGCCCACUUUUGAUCUGGUCCAGGAGUGUGAAUCAUACAGCCCUCAAAAUGUUGAACUGCAUUAAUCACGGAGAUCUCAAUGACCACAAUAUUUUAAUAGACACCGAUUCUACAUCCCUUCAAAAUCCACGCUACAGAGUGUCCGGUAUUUUAGACUUCAGUGACAUGAGCUAUGGCUACUACAUCUUUGAAGUGGCCAUCACCAUCAUGUAUAUGAUGAUUGAAAGCAAGGAUCCGCUCAGUGUGGGAGGCCAUGUCCUGGCAGGAUUCGAGAGCAUCGUCGCACUGACUGCAGAGGAACGAGCUGCCCUUUUUCUCCUGGUAUGUGGCCGAUUCACUCAGUCUCUUGUGAUGGCGGCACACACCAGUCUCCUGCACCCCGAGAACAAAGAAUAUUUGAUGAUCACAGCCAAAACAGGAUGGAAACACCUGAUGACCCUCUUUGAGAUGGGCCAGGAGGCUGUCGAGAAGAUAUGGUUUGAGACUGCAAAGACAUAUACCUGAAAUGACUAUCACCGGUCUUGCUUUCCAUGGAUGUGGUGGACCUGAUACUGGGGUUUAAACCAUUUCGGGAAUUUUUAAAUAUUAUGACCAGGAAAUGCAUUUGCGGCCAUCUGAAUAAAUUAUGCUAAUGUACAUUGG